AUGACCGAGUCUGCCGCCAGUGCCUGGCACCGUCGCUUUGAGGGGAAGCCAAUUUCCUCCACCCCAGCGAUCGCCGAACUCGAUAUCGAACGCAACGAGUUGGCCCACACAUGGGAACGGUUCAUCAGCCUACUCCUACCCCAGGAUCAGGUCCAAUGGGAGGAACGACCACAGACCGUACGCGAUGUACAGGCACUCCUCUCCAGUAUCAAGUCCUUCUGGAUGGCCCGCCCUCGACAACGGGUGUUCAGUGAAUCCAUGGACUUGUGUGAUCGGCUGCUGCCGACCAUAGACACCCACGCGACCCUGCUUUCCACCCUGCCGGACCCCCUCUCUUAUACGUCCUUAUUCUAUGGAGUCCUGCAGUCGGUGAUUAAGGUGGAUAAGAUCACCCCAACGGGUGUCCUCGCAUCGUCGCAUUAUCCACGCGUAAUGGAAGGCUUAGCUACCGCCCUGCUAAACAUUCACGAUGCUUUAGGUCUCCCUAGUGAUCCUAGCCCUCUCCAUAACGCCGUUCAACAUAUCACAAAAACUUACGCCCUAAUAUUCUUCUUCCUGACCGAAUUCAUGGACUGGUAUGUCCGGAGGUCGACCUGCCAGCUGCUCAACAUGCAUAGCCAGGACGUGUACUCGGAGUUCCACCACCUGGUUAUCUAUAUACAACGCCAAGCACGGAAUAUUCCCUGGCAACACCCGCUGAUGGACGUCGAUGAGGAGGCGGAGGAUCCGUAUAGCCCUCGGGCACACUGGGAGAAGUCCCGGCUCAGCCAGGUGGGACGCCGCGGAAAGGAGCGCCGAGUAGCAGCACAGAACGCUAUCACCCGCCGCCUGAUCUGGGAAAUUCAACAAGACGCAGAGGAACGUGUUCGUUUUAGGGAGGGCCGAGAUGGGUUGUUGGCACAGACGUUAAGUGCCGUACGCGAGCAACUCGAGCCUGUAAGCGAACAGAGUAGUGGCAUUGUUUGCAUAACUACGCCUCCAGCUCCAAAUAUAGACACAUCCUCUUUUGAAUGGUCGAUUGGAAAUAAACGCCGUCUCGCACGGCUCGAGAUUCAGAGUUCAUCCAGGCACCUGCAGGUCUUCUUCGACAGCGAUGAUCAAAUCUGCGACUACGAACCCGACGUCAAGAUUAUCGCCGAGAGUCGCAUCGUCGCUGCUCUGCAGCAAUGGGCUACGAGUCCCCGAUCUCAGGCCUUAGCGGUGGGCGGGACGCAGCUUACUGCGUCACCCAACCCGGUGGGUCUAAUCUCAGCCUGCUAUGCCUCGUUCGCACGCCAGGCUCGAUUGCCCGUCGUCUCUCACUUCUGUGUCCUCCCGAGCCAAGAAGUCAAAGGGCUAAAUGUACACGAGCAAGGAUUGAUUGCCCUCACUUAUAGUUUAAUCCGGCAAUUAAUCGACUGGCUUCCUCCAGUGGUUGAUAGUGAUACGGUGCUGGAUCUCAGCGCGGAGCGAUUCCGCCAGCUAGAUGGCACACUCACCAACUGGAAAGCUGCUCUAUCGCUGGUGGAUACCCUCCUACAAUCCGCACCACCACUUCUGGUCUUUAUAAUCGAUGGGUUAGACGUCAUCCACCACUCGUCUACUGAUGGAGCCAUCCGCGAGCUUGUUCGUGUGCUGCUCACGCACACCCGUCGCCAGCCCCAAGGCGGUCUCAAUGGACAAGGCCCAACCCUCCUGCUGAAGGUACUCUUCACUGUCGCUGGGCGCCCAAGUGCCCUGGUUGAGACCAUGUCCGAACACCAGCAUAUUCUUAGCGAAUCCAACCAAACGAACCAACCCACGCCGUCCGAACCGGUCCUAGCAUCGGAUCUCGGAGCGGUCAUGAUGAAUGCAUGA